UAUCAUGACUCCCGUGUGCCGUGCCGUGCGUCUUUCCCCUGAGCGGCUCCAAUCGAAGAGGGUCAGAUUUAUUGUAGCAACCGGGCUUAGCAACGCGAAGCUCUUCAAGCUCUGCGUGGGGUCUGCGUGAAGGAAUGUCGCCGUGAACGGGCACUUUUCAACUCCCCAGCUCACGAGAGCAGAAGAAACUGAAGUUUCACUAAAGUAAACUUGUGUCACGUCCAUGGACGCUUGAAGCGGAUCCCAUGGGAUGCGGGAGUUCCAGCACCACCACGGUGGUGCAGCCUAUACCACUCACGGAAGAGAAUGAUCCGGGAAGCAAAUGCGACCGUGGUGACUCGGCUGUCUCCAAGCUGACGGAGGACAGUGGCGUAGUGGUGGCAGCGACGGUGGGGAAUGGCGAGCUGAUGCCUGAUGGAGCAUUACCCGGCGAGGCAUCCCUGAAGCCCCCCGGCUUAUUCGGGAAGCAGCUCUUGAUGCGAGAGCCUGCCACGUCCAGGGAUAUCCUGGAAGAGCUGCAGAAUGAGGGGAUCAUCCCGAUGAGCCCCAGCCGCGAGACGGCCACCGGGAAGGCUUACACCAUCUUGCUGGAUGACAGCGAGGGUAUCAGACGCCGACCCCCCGCCAGACUGGAGUCUCUCAGGGUCAAACGUCUGCCAAGCAAGGAGAAGAUGGAGGAGAAAAUGAGGCUCGCCGACGAGAGACGCAAGUCGCGGGAAGACGAGCUGACGGCCCGUUUGCGGAGCAAGUCAGCCCGCAUCCAGCGAACCGCCAUGUUUGUGCCGGUGACUGGUGAGCGCAAGCAAUGUGCGCACUCGCCUCCUGACAUUGACCAGUGUACGCCCGACGGAGGUGAGCGCGUGGCAGAUGAGCACCGUGAUAAUGAGGAGUCCUGGCUGAUGGAAGCUGAGUUGGUCUCUGCUUGAGGGUAUCUGGAGAGCAACUCUGGCUUCCGGGAAGGAGAACGAGAGGCCCACAAAGAGAUCUUUUAACCAAUUAGACAAGGUGAGGACGCCCAAAUUUUUCUGCCUUCACACAUCAAAGUCCACCGAAGUUAUUUUUAUUUGAUUAGUUUUUUUUGCACUUGAAGACCUUUAAAAGCAUGACUUGAGACCAGAUAGACAGUUUUUUUGUGAUUUUCUUUUCUUUGUAAUAGAAGCAAAUGAUCUGUUCUUUGUAUAUAAAACACAAAUUAUAUUUAAUAAAGCUGUAUUUCAUUUA